CUCAUCAAUCAUUUCUUUACUUCCUGCAAAUGAAUCUCCCUGGGAAAAUUGUCAGAUCCUCUCAAUCUUGAAUACUGACAAGAAGUCCCUAUGGACUCCCUAACUCUAGUGAAGAUCAGGAGGGGUCGUUGACACUAAGAUUUAAAAGCCCCACUCUCAGAACAAGAUUAGAAAACUGGUAGGUAAAGUUACAGUUAUUGCAGUUUCUGGAAAGGAGCUGAACAUGAAGAGACUCGGAAGUCUGGUGGCAACAACCUUGGCUCUUUUCUUAGUGUUUUCUUUCUUGGGAAAUUCCAGGAGUGCGCCACAGGGACUCUUUGAGAGACGGAACUGGACUCCUCAAUCUAUGCUCUAUCUGAAGGGUGCACAGGGGCGUCGCUUCAUCUCGGACCAAAGCCGGAAGAAGGACCUCUCCGACCGCCCGCCGCCGGAAAGACGCAGCCCAAAUCCCCAGCUACUAACUCUCCGAGAGGCAGCAGCUCUGCUCUUGGCUUCCUUGCAAAAACCACAAGAAGCUGGAGAAGAAAACUUUGAUCAAACCAGAGUCCUAGAAGACAGUUUACUAAACUGGUGAAAGUAGACCAAGUUAUAUUUAAAUACAGUUCCAUUCUAGUUGAAAACAUGAACCAUGUAAAUAAAGCCCUUGCACCCUUUUUACUUCAGUUGUAACGUUAGGAACAUGCAUAACCAAUUUUAUCCUUUCCAGAAGCAAAGCAAUGUAGAGUUCUUAGCUGGAAACAUCAUGGCCUUCUUUCAGGGCUUCAGGUCCUGUGCAGGUCACCAUAUAUCUUACUCCCAUUUGUAAUUAUAAGACUGGAGACUCUGUAGAGUGUGUUUUCUAUUUGUUACAAGUAUCUGCCUUGAUCUAGUGAGUCUUAAUUGUUGGAUUUUUCAUUCCUUUACCCUUGCAUUGUCCUGCACUCAGCUGCAAAUCUCCCUCUCUUUUUCUACCU